CGCACCUCCCUCCCCCGGUUAUGAGGAGCUUGGCGACAGUUGAAUGUGAGGCGCGGGAUUUCCGGUUUGUGUCUUGCACCGUUUAGUCCAGUAACCCCGGCAUGGCGGACCCCAGAACCCGACAGAUAAAAAUCAAGAUCGGCGUGGUGAAACGGCUAGCAAAGGAAAAGCUCAUGUAUGAAAAAGAAGUAAAACAACAGGAAGAAAAGGUUGAGAAAAUGAAAGUCGAUGGGAAUGAUCAAUAUAUGGUUAAAAAGCAGAUGGAAGUUCUGCAAGAAUCACGGAUGAUGAUUCCAGAUUGUCAGCGUCGAUUGGAAACGGCCUACAGUGACCUGGCACAACUAUUGGAAAGCGAGAAAGAAUUGGAAGACACUGAGGAAUACAAGGAAGCCCAGGCCACAAUAGGAUCAAUCAAACUAGAAGCCUAGACCCUAUUUCUUAAUUAUGAUGUUUUGUUUUGUUAUAAAUAUUUGCACUGUCCAUUCCAUUCACCCCCCUCCAUCCCCCAAAUUUCAGUUUUAGGCAUUAUGACCCUGUUAUUAUUAUGCUUGGGAUUGAUGGAUGAAGCCUGUGUAAUCUGAGUUCUCUUACAUUGCACAACAGAUUGUGUACCCAAACAAAUUUUGUGCUACAUCAUGAUGAAAUAAUGAAACAUUAAAUAAAAGUACAUGCUGACAA